AUGCAUCUCCGCCCAGCCAUCCUCACUCUCCGGCCUCGGCGCCAGCGCAUCCGUGCCGCCGACUACGCGUACCUCAAGACCAAACGGCUACGAGAUCCUCAACAACCUCUGGGGCAUCGACGCGGCGACGGGCGGCGGCUCGCAGUGCACCUGCUACAACGGCGUCGUGGGCGCGGCGGUGGUUUUCAGCUCGGACUAGAACGUGGCGCGGCGACGACAACACGAAUCAAGAGCUACGUCUACGCCAACCGCGUCUUCGAUCGGAGGCUGGUCGGCGACAUCAGGAGCCUAACGACCUCGGUGUAG